UUAACUAUGCAAAUGUUGAUGGAAGUGAAGGAGAUGAAGAAGUUGAAGUCUAUGAAGCAAUUAGAAAUAAACCAUCCAACUCUCGACAACAAGGACCUAUUACCCGCUCCAUGAAAAAGAAAUCACCUGAGAAUACUGAACCUAAAAUCUUAGUUGACUUUGAAACUAAUCCCUAUGAAUCAAAUGAUGAAGUAAUGGAGGAAGUUCGACCAAAAACUACACCAGUAAACAAGCCCGAUCUUGAUGAAGUUGAAACCUACUUUUCUGAAACUUCUGACUAUUGGGAUGAAGACCAAUUAUAUGAAAAUCCUUGGCAAAAUGAAAAAUCUAAUACCUCCGAUGAAUAUAGAGAAGUAAAAAUGUGUGGCACUGAUGAAAAUCCCGCCCUGUAUUUAACUGAAACUGUUAAACCCGAAAAACCUGAAAAGACCACUCACCAAACUGGCAUCUUGAAUGAAAACCAGGAAUCAGCCGCUGACAAAUUAUUUACUGAGUUCGCCGAUGU